AUGAGUGACCCGGAUAAAUCUUUGUUGGCUGAGGCUAAUACUGUUUCCCGUGAGGGUACACCUGUAAACACAUCCGCAAAUGAUGGUAACUUUUCUAGUUCUGUUGAUGUGUCAUUCAUUGGCUCACCACCGGAAUCGCCUCUGCUAGAUGUUGUUUUUGUCCAUGGCAUCCGUGGCGGGCCUUAUAAGUCUUGGCGCAUAGCUGAGGACAAAUCCUCAACUAAGUCUGGCCUGGUAGAGAAGAUUGAUCAGGAAGCAGGGAAGCUAGGAACAUUUUGGCCAGGUGAAUGGCUUUCAUCUGACUUCCCUCAAGCUCGCAUGUUUACUCUCAAGUACAAGGAAGUGAGCUCCAUGUUAUUGGAGAAGCUUGUUGCUGUAGGCGUUGGGAAUCGACCUGUGGUGUUUGUGACUCACAGCAUGGGAGACUUGGUUGUCAAGCAGAUGCUUUAUAAAGCUAAGGCAGAAAAUAUUGAUAGCCUUGUGAACAAGACCAUUGGAGUUGUGUUCUUUAGCUGCCCACAUUUUGGCAGCAAACUAGCAGAUAUGCCUUGGCGAAUGGGCCUCAUGUUUCACCCUGCCCCAACUAUAGGGGAGCUAAGAACUGGGUCUCCAAGACUAGAAGAGCUUAAUGACUUUCUUCGACACCUUCAUAAGAAAGGGUGCUUGAUGUUCUCAGUUUCUGUGAGACCAAGGUAACUCCAAUUGUUGAAGGUUAUGGAGGAUGGGCUUUCCGAUGGAAGUAGUACCAAUUGAAUCAGCGUAUCCCGGGUUUGGUGAACUUGGUGUAAGUAUGACUCUGAUAAACAUAUCUCACUUAAAACAAAGAAGAAAAUGGGGUCUCUUUCACCCAAAUUAUUAUGUUUUCAAAAGUCAGCCGACAUGAGUUUUAAGUUUCUUUGCACAUGUUUAGUGUUGGCUAUUUAACAUCCCCUUGCUCUAGUGGGAGUGUUUGUUGGAUACAAGUCCUCCAUUAGUGUUCGUGGCAUGCUGUACAUGCUCAUUGGUGCUUUACCACU